GCAAAACGACAAAGAAGGGACCAAAACGACACUUCAAGUCUGAAACUUCACGCAUAGUGCAAUUUCCUAUUCUCUUCCCAAAUUUUCCAUUUCUCUCCAAUUCCCAUCGCUGGAAGAGAAAACCCAAUUUUCUCUCCAACAAUUCGUUCCUUUUCCUUCUCAAUUUUCGGAUUCAUCAUUCACGGUGAUUUUUUUUUACUGUGGCUGUUAUCCUUCAUCAGUUACCGCUUGAAGAAUCCAGAUCUGAAAGAGCGUGAACCAUUGUUUGCGUUUUGGGGUUAAACGCAACAACCUUGAUUUGGGAUUUUUUUUAACUGUUUUAAGCAAUUGGGGUCUCUUAAUUUGAUGAAUUUUAUGUAAUGAAGAGUUUUUUAGAUUUGAUUAUUGAGAUUUAUGCAACUGGGUCGAUGUGAGUGGCUUCUAUAGAGGAAAAAGUUUAAUUUUUUAGAAUUGGGUUAUUCAUUUAACUGUAUUAAGGCAAUUGGGGUCUCUUAAUUUGAUGAAUUUUAUGUAAUGAAGAGUUUUUUAGAUUCAAUUGUUGAGAUUUAUGUAACUGGAUUGAUGUGAGUGGGUAUUAUAGAGGAAAAAAUUUAAGUUUUUAGAAUUGGGUUUUUGAUUUCGAUUUGGGAAUUUGAAGAUUAGGUUUAGUUUGUGAGACAUUUUGUUUGUUUUGGGUAGGAGUCAUGUUCUAUGGUGCAGUGGUAUGGGACCCUUGGCUUAUUGUUGCUCAAAUUGUUUGUCUACAAUGUAUGUACUAUAUCACACUUGGAUUGCUCUUAACAGUUCUUGUUGGCACUCGCGUUUCUCGGUUGAGCCUUGUGUAUUUCUUUGACUAUGUUACUGUUACUACCUCUACCGUUACUGGAUGGUGCGUUUGUGCUUCAUUUCUGCUCAGCUCAGCUGCAGGGGCUGUGUAUAUGCUUUAUUUGAUUGAAAGAUCAAAGAAGUGCUUGGAUUUUGCAGCCACUAUCUAUAUCAUUCAUCUUUGCAUAUGCAUAGUGUAUGGGGGUUGGCCGUCUUCUAUAGCAUGGUGGAUUGUGAAUGGUACUGGAAUUGCCUUGAUGGCUUUGCUAGGUGAAUAUCUGUGUAUCAGACGCGAACUCCGGGAGAUACCAAUACCACGAUAUCGUUCAAAUGUUUGAUUGGCAGAAAGAAGUAACUUGAGUCUUGAAUUCAAGAAAGGAGUUGUAUUGCGGGAUGAUAAUCGACUUUUGAUUCUAUAUAUUGGAUUAUCUCGAAGAUAAAGCCCAUGUAGAGCAUAGUUCUACUAUGUCAUUGAAAUACCUGCAUUCGCUUUUCUAUUCUUUAGUUGCAAUAGAGUUUAAACAUAGAUAAAUAGACAGAGACUAAGUACAUAAAUUUCCAGGAAGUUCUGAAAGUGUUAUGUAGGUUAUUCUCAUUCUAUUUCGUCUUUUUCCCCUUCUUUUUAGCGAUAUCGGUUAAGGUGAUGUGUUUAGUUGGUUGAGCUUCUAUUCUUUUUUACCCUUUUUACGAGUUAUUGGAUCUAUUUGGUUUCUUGGAAAUAUGUAUUAGUUCUGUGCCAUUACUGGUUUACUUUUAAAAAGGGGUUGUAUUACAGAUUGGAGAAUGAUGAAUUACUCAAUAUAUUAAGAUUCUUUUUUUAA